AAUCCCCUGCCCGUUUGAAUGAGCCAACACCACGAUGCCAUCACCCGUGCAUCCGUUUGAUGCCUUCAUACGUUCUGUGCGAGGUACGCCAUCAAAACCUUUGCGUCUCAUUCGAUGGCCUGCGUGGCACGCGCAAGCAAACGGGCCAACCGCCAACGUCACGCCAGAGAGCUCAGCCCGGCCUCAGCUGUUGCCCUGCCCUGCUUUUUUCAAAAUGUCACUUUUCCUUGCCUCGUCUGCGACCUGCAGCUGUCGCCCUCUUUCUGCUGGCUCUGCGGCUGCAAGGGCAUCCGAUGGAUCAUGGCCCUAGGUAUCUGUACUCUCUGUAUUGAGCAUCUCUACCCAACCUCCGCUUUUCCAGGAUUAACGGCUGGGGUCAACACCAAGAUUUCUGCCCACUUUCCUCCUGUGCCGUCCCUCGCAAACACAGCGACGCGCAAUUCCCAGCUCUCGCUUCCACCACCACUUUCGCCAUGCUUCCCAAUUUGUGCUGGCCUGGUCGCACCCGGCCUGUUCGACCGCAUACGGCGUCAUCUGCUUCUUGACCGCAUCACCGAGCUUUGCUUAUUAUAUAAAUGAACAGGCAACCGGUUGAUGCUUCUCCCAGUAGUCAUUUACUCCCACACCGCUCUCUCUCCCCUCUCUCUCUCCCCAUCCACCUUGUUUGCUUCAGCCAGUCAGCGAUAUCCUCAAGGGAAGCCCUGCCGUCCUCAUACUGAAAUACCUGUGAUACCCAACCUUCGGUCUCGGAUAUUCCUCCAAAGACCAGCCCGUAGUCAACAUGAAGUCUGCCAUAUUCUCCCUGGCUCUCGCCACCAACCUCGCCGCUGCCAACCCCAUCGAGGCUCGUCAAGCGUAAGUCACUGGAGCUCAAGA